AGAGAGAGAGGUGCUGCACACUCACAUGGUGAUGAUAGGAAAGCGAGAGACAGAGGAGGUGGGAGACAGAUAGUUUUGUAGAGAUCGAGAGAUAGUCAGAGUGUGACAGGCGGCGCUUCGAGGUGAAUCUGGAAAAAAGAGCACAAACAGUGCAGCAGUGUAGCCGUUUUCUUCCUCGCCAGUCAGUCGGUCAGCUUAAAGACUCUGAACAGACUGGCCUUUUUUUGCAGCGACUAAAACGACUGAAAGAGGACAGGAGGAGGAAAAGGGAUACGAGUGAGAUUUGGUGAGAAUCGGGUGCCGGGGUACAGGGCUCGCUUCGGCAUUCACUAUGCUGCAGACUAUUUAUGAGAGCGAGUCCCGCAUCCCCGCCGAGUGGCUCAGGAACCUCCUGGAUACACACAGCAUCUCCAGCAGUGUGAUUAGCUCAGGAUCGGAGUUGUUGUCCCCAGUGGGCAGGUCUGAGGUCAGUAUGCCGGAGUGGGAGCGAGACUCGGAUGAAUGGGAGAGGCAGCUCCAGAGAGAACUCCUUCUGAUCCAAAGGCAGCAGCAGAUCCAGAAGCAGCUGCUCAUCGCCGAGUUUCAGAAACAGCACCAGGCUUUACUGCGACAGCACCAGGCUCAGCUACAGGAGCACAUCAAGCUCCAGCAGGCUUUGUUGACCCUCCGACAGCAGCAGGAGGCUCUCUCUGAGGAGCGCACGCCUGAAAUUGAGAUAGAUGAGGAGAGAGAGGAGGUGCAGGGGGAGGAGGUGGAGCGCCACAGGAGGGAGCAGGCUCAACACCAGCACCUCACCCACAGGAAGAAGGAGCGCAGCAAAGAGAGCCUGGAUCUUUUUCCUUCAGGUGCUAUGGCCAGCACAGAAGUGCGACAAAAACUGCACGACUUCCUGCUGAAUAAAUCGGCUAAAGACACGCCUCCGUCUGGUCACCCUCUCAACCAGCGCGCCAAACUCUGGUACAUCACCAGCCAGCACAUGUCCAUGGAGCAGAAUUCUCCUCCUUUAGGAGAGAUGCCUCCUACAUUCAAAUCCCCUCUGCCCUCUGGCCUGGACACCAGGGAGGAGGACUUCCCCCUCAGGAAGACGGCAUCUGAGCCGAAUCUGAAGGUGCGCUCGAGGCUGAAGCAGAAGGUUUCUGAGAGGAGGAGUGGCCCUAUCCAGCGCCGCAGAGACGGUAGUGUGCUCGUCACGCCUCCUAAGAAACGCCCACUUGAGCUCAGUGACUCCUCAGCCAAUGACAGCUCUCCCAGCUCUGGGCCCAGCUCUCCCAUUGGCUUAUGCAGCAAUGAGAACGGCACAACCUACCAGGCCAGCUCUGCACAAAUCGAGAAAUAUUUGCCACAGGGGGGGAUUCUGAAGGCAGAUGGCUCUCUUGCGCUGUUGAACCUCUAUACGUCACCUUCCCUUCCCAAUCUCACCUUAGGCCUCCACUCCGGGCCUUCACCAAUCAGUCCUGCUUCAGCAAUACAGGAGCGAGCAGGUGAGGCGAGCUCAGUGUCAGCCACUUCUCGGGAGCCGAAGGUGAACACCAGCCAUCAGGCUCUGCUGCAGCACCUGUUACUGAAAGAGCAGACCAGACAGCAGAAGAUACUCUCGUCUGGAAGUGUCUCGGUUCUCCCCCAGUCUCCUCUGGUGAUGAAGGAGCGUUCAGGAGGAGGAGGUGGUUCUCGUCCCAGGCUGCCUCGACACAGGCCUCUUAACCGGACCCAAUCAGCACCGCUUCCCCAGAGCACUCUGGCUCAACUCGUCCUCCAACAGCAACACCACAACUUUGUGGAGAAACAGAAGCAAUACCACCAGCAGGUCCACAUCAACCAGAUUCUGUCGCAGUCCAUCGAACAGCUGAGGAACCCCACUGCUCACCUGGAGGAGGACGAAGAGGUGAGAGGCCUGGAGCUCACACUGCCCCCUGCUGGAGUCAUCCGGAGCCACAGCAGCAGCAGCAACAUUCAAUUAGAGAGCAACAGCCAGAGCGAGACCCCCAGCGCCCCGGCCAGCGUCAUCAGGGUGAAAGAAGAACCGCUGGACCCCGAGAGCAGGAUCGAGGAAGCAGGAAGGGAUGAGAGAAAAGAAAGAGAAGAGGAGAUGAUGAAGGAGGUCAAGUCUGAACAGAAUGUAGAGAGUAUGACUGAGACGGACGUCUGAGAACGAGAUGAAGAAAAGAAGAGAGAACAAAGAGAGCAUCAGAGAGAAGGAUAGAAAGAGAGAAUGAAUGAAGAGAAGGCAGAACGUCAAGCACCUUUGCGUCUCAAUCUCCCUUUACUCUUUGCCUCACAUUUAUCAUCACAUCCUUCUUGUCUGUUCGUUCUUUCUCUACUGAGCUUUAAGAUCAUUAACACUAACAGCAUUAUCCCAGGCAAUAGAAAUGGUUAUACGUGUAUAAUAUUAAAGUUAUAAUCAUCAACGUGACUUAUUUUAAAAAGGACAAGCUCUAGCGUUACGAAAAUAACAUUUCCACAACAUAUACAGAAAAGACAAUGUGAAAAUAUUUUCAUUAAAAAUGUACCUAUAAGGUCAUUCAGCCAAGAACUUUGUAUUAAUUUUUUUUAAUUGAUUGUAUUGCAUUGAUGGACAAGUGGAGCCAAGCCAUGGCAUUGAAAAGAAAUAAAUUCCCACACAGCGUACCAGA